AUGAUUACGAAAAAUGCAACAACCGCCGCCGCUGGAUUCUCCUCUCUUUUCUUUUCGUGGCUGCUCCCCGAAAAGAUGGAACUUGUCGUGAACUUGAACUUGAUCCCAGCCCGCCAUCAUGGAACCCAAACCAAGACCCAAUCAAUGGAUGGCAAUUGGCUCCAGCUUGGCUGCACUGGCACGCUCACGCGGAAGCUGGUACCUGCGCCGGGCGGUACCCACGCCGCGCAGGCAUCACGCGGUGCGCGCAAGGUACCUCGGGGCCGUGGGUACAUUUGGGUUUGGUCCAGCGGCGCUACGCAGGUGCUAAGGUGA